CAGAGUUUCCGAUUGCUCAUGUGUACAUAAAUGUGACAGCGAGCCUCCCACCAAAUUGUCUCCUAGCUCUUCAAAAUCGCAGUGUGCUGCGCUGCUAGGAGGCUCACGAAAAUCUGGUGGGUGCGAGCGUAGCGCAUAGCUCUCGGGGAGCUCGUCUCAUGCGCUGCGUGAGCUGUUGGUAUCUGAGGUGAAAAACAACAUCUUGGUAACGAAGAACCUCAACAUCUUUUUUCCGUACACAACACAAGUGUCUGGUUGGUCUAUGCGAUAUGGCUAGGGACUCUCAAUGCAAAGGUUAAGGUUUCAAUUCUCAUUCGUUUAGAAAGUUUUUGUCAUGAAAUUUUCUAAUUUAAUCAGCGCAUGAGACGAAACUCAUGAGACACAUCUGGAGAAAAAUGAGGCGCACAACUUUCAAUCUCAAAAUGUACUGUGCUCCUGGGAGCUUGCUUGCAAUGUGGCUCCCGUACAUGGGACUACAGCACGUGUACAUCAACUCUGGGCUAGAACUGCAUCCGUCGUACUCAUUUGGUAGACACUACACCUCAGCUUGGUGUAUUAAAAAGCACUACAGGGCUCUAUACCACUCCACACAAACACGCGGCAUUGUGGUACUAUAGUUGAUUGUGUGUUAUCCUACCUAGUGUGAUGUAGAGGGCCGAUAUAGCCAUAGCUAUAAAGGUGUGUGUUCAGGUCACGAGUUCGAUUCUUGGUCGGUCUAAGAACUUUUCGUAAUGGUAAUAUCGUUGACUUCUUUGAUCAACGAGUAUUUCGUGCCUGCCACACGAUAUAUACAUGCAAAAUGGUCAUUGAAAAAGGAAGAAUCUACGUAGAAGAUAUAUAUCAAUAAAGAUGUAAGCACAGACAAACAGACGUAUCAGUUGGAACAAAUUGCGGUUAAAAUCGACGUCAUGAAAACAAAAUCGCCCAAUACUUAUCAAGCUAUGUUACGCAAAUCACUAUGUAGAUGGCGAUAGUCAGGGUCUCCAGUUGGCCUAGUGGUUAAGGCAAAGGAUCGCCAAUCUGGAGACGGCGAGUUCGAUUUCCGUUCCAGUCGGGAAAAUUUUCGCGACACCCUGGGCAUAGAGUAUCAUUGUACCUAUUUGUAUCACAAUGUACAAAUUCAUGCAAUGGCAGGCAAAGAAAGCCCUUCCAUUAAUUACUGUGGAAGUGCUCAAAGAACACAAAGUUGAAGCGAAGCAGGUCCCAGUGAGGACGUAGAGCCAUAAAUAAGAAUAAGAAAAAGAAGAUAAAGAUUGCGAUAGUGAGCAAACGUCAAACAGGACCAAAAACGAUGUGAGCGUCAUAUGUGAAUGCGAUCGAUUUGCGAACUACAGAUUUGAACUAACCGUGAAAAAAGGAACGAUGGGACGUGAGUAUGGUGAGACGUCUGUUUGUCUGUGGUGAAAAAGUUGUUUCGCAUUCAAUAGGCUACCCCGUCAAAUCGCACAUAGUGCAACGCGAACGGGAGAUAUUGCACCGGGACGAAACGAACCUACCACCACCCACAUGAAAUAGCGUGAACAGUACAUAUUGACUGUCGAUUACUUUCCCGGAUGGUUUCUGGUUGAAUUAUGCGCCUGGUAAGACGACAACGACGUCAGUAAUCAACCAAGACGGCCCCCACAACCCGAUUGAACGCCGCACCGCCCGCCGUAAGGCAACAUUUAGACAAAGUCUCCUCAAGUUGAUUGAGCUGAAAGUAAAUAGAAAGGUAAACUUUCCUUGCUCUCCUGGGUUCCGUAGCUAGUCUAGGCGCUCCAGAAGAAUUGGUAUAGCUCUGCAAUGCAUCUAUGGGCUUUACCAUGGCGCGAGUACAUACGGUAGAAGAGUGAGAGAUGCCGCACAGAUAAGCAAAUUGUACCGAGUCUAUGAGUUAAACGUGAGCAUUGGCUGCUGCGACGACGUGGGAUGUUUUGGGGGCGCUGUUUUCACAUUGACUGGUCGUUCGAUGUGAUGUAGGUAUACUGAUUGAGUGAGUGACUAACUGACUCCGGAGGAGUUGGCGCUGAUUGUUGCACCAAUGCAAUGCGGGGCUGGCCGAUCGACAGAUUUGGAGUGUGCGGUCUAGUACGGCGGAGACCCGAGUGGCGGCAUUGAUGAUGAUGCCCUCCAGGGGUAAUAUUUGCUGAAAGUUUUUUUGCACACCGCGUUGUACAGUGUUAGGUCCUAGAUUUCAGUUGAGAUAUAGAUCUUUGGUUCGGAUUUUAUGGGUUGGCUGUCGUCGUCGGGGAAAGAUCAAAGGGUAAACUGGAGUUAAUUGUUAGACGUUAGCUUAUCUAAUUUAUUGAUUGAUAACUUAUUUUUCUUGUUAUUAUUAUUUAUGAAAACUGUCUAUAAACUAGCUUCGACAAGAAAGCUGUCCCCUCGGGAAACGGGACUGUCCCUUACUGACCCAUUUAUUCCAACAAUCGAUUCCGUUGACAAUAGGCGAAAGUACCUUCUCGCCCACCCUCGUGCGAACGAACCCGUAGAGCAGUGCAGCGUGAAAUGACAAAUGACAAUAAAAAUUUAAAAUCACAUAAAUUACGAUCCAGAACCAUCCACUGUGUCAAACCCGUAUGGCAGGCAUAUCGAACGAAACCAGCGGCGGCGGCGCAACCGACACACGUCUCCAAUAAUCAUGAAAUAAUGGUUCCAUUCCAUCACCCAACCCAUGCCAUGCGGUGUGGAGGAAGACCCGAUACCUAGCGAUAGCUGAGGCUUCCGAAAAGUGGAACAAAACCGUUUUGUUUGCCGGCCGGGUGCAGGUCCGGGUCCGGGUUUAGGUGGGGGGUCGGACGCGCACAAUCGAAGCACCAACGAAGCGAAAGAAUAAACUUCUCAAAUUGAAUAAUCACCUAAUGGCGGCGACCGGCGCGGCGGUGUGCAUCCAUUGUUUGAAGAUCCGCCCUUCCCUCUUCACCGCAGAAUACAGAUCAUCCCGGUGCGGUACCCUCACCCGGUUGGUUCGCACACCGUAUUCGGUUCGUUCGAGUCACGUUUUCGCUUCGAUGUCGCAAUAUGUCUUCAUUGUCCAUAUUUCGGGUAAUUUUUCCCGUCCACAUCGCCCGCUGGGAGUUUGCCAUUGACCUUUUGUUGGCGAUGCUCUUGGUGGAAAUCGAAACAACCAUACUAAUAGGAUCAAAACAGAGCACAGAUGCUACGACGGGAGAUGUCCUUGAACUUGGACAAUAUCGAUAAACUGUUGCACUCGCACGUUUCGGACGACACUCUGCGUGCGGGGCGAAGGGAAGGGGAUUCGGAAAAAUUAAGCUGUUGGGUAAACAUUUCGACUGAUGAUGAUGCCGAUGGAUGGCAUGGCGGAGAGAGAGAUGCGGGAAAAGUAAUUUGAUCCCUUAGACGGACACCGGUGGCACGUACCGCGCGCGCCGCAGUCAGUCACUCGCUGUCGGACAAAAGGAUGUCUGAUGCCUGAUGCCUGGGCGAUGACAAUGCAGCAGAAUUCCUAUUCAGUUGGGUGCUGAUGACACCAGGGCGACGAUGUUUAUACCUUGUCAUGUGUUACGGUUCUCCGGAUAGGUUAUGGUUAUAGUCUCGCCAACAAUGAUGUCUUGAUUCGCAUCGUGGAGAAUAACCGUUGCAAGGAUGGAUAAUUUUAUGGGACGAGGUUUUCUGAUGUUUGCGUUGGUGGACAGGCAGCUGUUCAUUUUGUUUUUCGCUGAAUUCUCCAGGGCUCUCCCUAGUGAGUGAAUCAUGGACUGUAUUUUUUGAUCAAUUUGAAUGAAUGAUGGAGUUGGCAAUCUAAUAAAUUCGUCCAUAAACCACAAAUUAGAGUCUCUUGCAGAGCAAGAGGAAUGGUUGACCAAAAGUCUAUGAUAAAAAAACGUCAUUCAAGUAGAAGCUGUCCUUACCAUAACGUGCUGCUCAGCAUCUUCAAGCACAGAACAAACAGAACAUUAGACUGUGUUUUUUUUACGGAUUGUAAAAUUAGUCAUACAGCACUGAACUGAGGAAGCAAUCAUUUUGUCGACGCGUUAACGUUCUCUCUAUUCAACGAAGAGUCAAAGUAGAACCUGUCUGAUAGUUAUCUUCACUUUCAUUACACAUGACGUGAGAUGGCGCUGUUUUUCUCCGCACGCCAUUGACUGUUUCGUGACAUUUCUGCAUAUAAUUUUGUUCCAUAGUUUUUGCAUCUCAGUGAUGACAUUCUUCUUCUUUCUUUGGUUAAUACUUGUCUCUUGUAGCUCUUGGUCCCUUGUACCGCUCUCAGUUCUUUUCUUCCAUCAUCUUCCGGCUUUCCUCAUAGAACAAACCAAUUCUGUUCUUCCAUUCAUUGCAUAUAUCGAUACUACCUUACCAGUUCUUCAAGCUUCUGGCCAAAGUAACAUUUUCAGAACUGGUUGGAAUUAGGGUAUAUGUACCAUUCCUUGACCUUAUUUGCAAGCAGCCUUGACAAUUUUGACCAUAAUUCAUGAAUGAAUAGUACUAGAAAUAAUAUGUUGACCCUAUUACAUACUCUAGGCAAUGCAUGUUUCAUCAACUGGUAGAAAACUAAUGUAAAAAUCCAAGAAUUUACUUAAUUACGUUGAAAAGAUUCGAUGCGAUGGUAUGCAAUGUUGGUCUAUGGUACACAAAUUGUCCUAUUGGUGGAUACAUACAACUUUAGCCUAUUGCUUUCCACGCACUAGAACCACUUAUAACCUCAUUUUUUUUUUUUCAAUAUUUCUGCUGAAGUAUUAUCUCUGUUUACCAAUAUCUUACUUUUAAAUAACAUUUUCGGAGCCAUAUUUUCAAAAAACUAUAAAUAAAUAACUUAGUCUAAAAUUCUUUCUUAAUUUAGUAACGAAAACAACGCAACCCUAUUAUUGUGUUAUAUUUUUACAGUCACCGCACACAAAAUCAUUCUUCCUGUUCAUUCUUUCUGAUUCCUCCGCAAGCAAUGUUGUUGACGUAACUUCAUCGGUGUUGUUGACGUCACUUUACUGAUGGGCCAAGAUUUGGGUACAUAGUGAAUAUUCGGCCCACAUUCAAUUUGUAAAAUAGUUAUUAUUCGUUGAAAACAAAUAUACAAGUUCAAAAUAGCGUCUAUGACCGUCACAUCAAAUGUUCAGUUAUAGAAAAGUCAAUUCGACAUGUUCCAGAAUCAUGCCAUUUAUGAUCAUGCGUCUAGACUACCCACUAAGCCGAAGAAUCAUGGCGUCUACAAAAGCAAAACAAAGUGACAUUUUAUUCAAUUUUAAUUAUCCAAACGAAAUGUUACAGUUGUUUGGCGCAAAGCUUUUCCGAUAUCCAGUUAUGCGUGUUUGUUUUGAUUUUUGGUUUACGUUAAGAUAGGCCGAACGAGGGGACUACGCCAACGAAGCAUCCCGAUACCCUAUUUAAGUUUUAUGAGGUUUUUGUAAUGGUCGUCGACCAUUAAAUUAUUUUAAAAUUAAAUUAAAAUCAAUUAAAAUUUUAUUGUUCACUAGACGCGUUCUACAAACCUAUAAGAAAGCUGUCAUAAAAAUGAUCAAUGCGGCAACUUAUUUGACUUUGGGAGGUUUUAUUGUGGUUACCAAGAGUUCUUUAAAAUAAAUCCCUGAAGAGUAACCAGAUCGUGGAUGCACAAUUAGCAGCUGCACUAUGUCGUAUGCGAUGACCAAAAAUACUGAUAAUUCAUUAAAUGCCACUGUCAAAACUCAAUCUCGGAAAAAAUGUUCUAUAAUAAAAUGUACUCAAUCGUAUUAAGUUUGAAUAUCCCAAUGAAUAUUUUUGGCCGUUCAUAUUCGACCGUAGUGCAAUGUCGUUCAUGAUUGCCAAAAGCGCCAUCUCUUAUAGAAUAGUUGAAACACUGGAUAGAUUUAUCUCAAGUUUAUUAUGGUAUUGUAAAGACCAGCUACACGCAUAGCGGCUCUGACGAAGAGAUACCGGAUUUAUUGUGAAAGACUCGUUCUGCGGCGCAGCUGGUGGCUGCCAUAUUGGAAUAAGAAACUAUUUUUCUACUGCACCUUCAAUAAAUUACACAAAUGUAUGUAUUAUACCUUGACUAUUCGAUGGUUGUUAUGACCAAUUUGAGUGCGACAAUAAUCCUAAAGAUGUCGGGGUCCCGUGGCGUAGUUGGCCACACGUUCGCUUCAUAUGCGGAUGGCCAUGGGUUUGAUUCCCAGCCCCGGCACAUACAAUUUUUCGUCAGUUGCUUUUCACCGAGAGCAGCUGACACUGACCCUCUUCUGAGCCCCAUGGCUCAAACGGACCCGGAUACCUGGAAAUCGGCGAACUGUUACUCAUAAUGGACCCCCAAUCGGACUGGAAAGGAACAACGGCCAUCCAUUAUCCUUGUGCUCAUCAUUCUACCAUGUAGUAGAAAAGUGAAAGCAGCAUGAAAGGCAGCCAGUUGAAUAAAGUAAAAAAUAGAAUACAUCUAGGCGCUGUACAAUACUGUAGGUGCAGCUGUCAAUUGAAGUCGCUCACGUAGUGCCCUAGUGGACAAAAGAGCUGUAAAUUAGGUUAAGUGAUUAAGAAUUAAUAAUAAUCCUAAAAACGGUAGGAAGAAAAAAAAUCACUUCAAUUUUUUCUAUGAAUUUUCAUUUUGUUACAUAUUAAACUAUGUGGAAGGCGGUAAUUCUCUGCACGUAUUAUAUCCAUUUUCGUGAAAAAACUAAGCUCGCACGUAAAUCACUGCUUCAGAACUGGUUACAGAGUCACACAUUUUUAGCGAAUAUUAUCUUGCAAUAAUAGAUGGAAACGAAACCAUGACGCUUAAUUGCAAUUGCGAUGUAAACAUUGGCUUGUUUUUUCCUUUUCUAGCACUGAUGAGUGCGGAAUAUGAAAGUUUGUUCAACAAAAAAUGCACAUUCUGGUUUUAUUGCUUACUUAUUGUUGCUCUGCAUGUGAAUUUGAAAACCUGUAUAAGUGUGGUCCACUUCGUUGGAAUGCGUUCUUAUAGCGGUUGUCAGAAGGUUGUGAUGGAAUACUUAGUUUUAUUGACAGUUUUAUAGAAUUGGCCAGGAAAACUGCUAACAGAGUAGUAUAAAACUCAAAAUGUUACUUGGGAGGGAUGCUCAACUGCCACAUCUUCUGCUGAGAAAGUAGCAGGAUACUAUAGACGAAUUUCGCCCCAAAUCGUAUUCGGAGUUGGCAGCACCCUCUCAGAUUACAAUGAAACUUUCUGGGUAUGUACACCAAGACUAGAUAAGCCACUUUGCAUACUUAGUUUCUUCAAAAUUUAUCUGGACUGACUUUUGAAAAGGGCUAAACUUUUUUUAUGGAUUUUUUAAAAAUGUUUUUAAUCAAAAAAUGACUACUCCUACAAAAAAGUGUUGUGUGGGUGAUUAUCACAAAAUAAGUCAAAUUUUAAGAAAAAAAUACUGAAGAAAAUCCAAAAUGAGCCCUACACUGAAAAAAAUCAUUUCUAAAAAUUCAAAGUUGAUUUAAAAAAAAAAACACCAUUUUUGAUUUUGAUGAAAUUUUGUCUCAAGACAGGUAAUUAUGUUCCUACCAACCGUCCAUACAUCACAAGAUGGGCACUUUUAAGGAAAAAAAGUUUUUCUAACAAAAACUUUUUCAUGUCCAAAUUAUCAUUUUUUCAGUGUCUUUUUUUAAAAACAAACUAAACCAGUGAAGGUUAUCUAGUAAUCUCAAAAUGCAAUGAAACUUAUUGUGUCAUAUGCGACAAUGCAAUGCACCCAUAUUCACGCAGCAGCACUCUAGAAGUACGAAACAAUAUACAAUUAGAACACGCAUUUCAUACGUGCUGCUGUAAUUUCUACCCAAACGUUUCUACCCCAUGUUCUUACCUAAUAUUAGGUAAGGCUAUUUAUUAGAUUCGAACUACCUAAUCGAAAAAAAAACAAAUCAAGAGUUGUACCUAAAGCAAAUAUGAACAAAACAAGAAAAUGAAUCGGUAUCAUUCAACGUGUUACUUCUCUUUGGUUAUUAAAGGAAGUUCUGAAAAGUAAUGGAUCAAUCGUAUAAAUCAAAAUUCAACAAAUUCAAGUGCAGUGCAAAAAUAAACAAUCCAAAGUGCAACCGUCAUAAUCUACGGGGCAUGUCAUUAAGAUUGAUAGAUAAAAUUCAUUCCAUGGGAUAUACACAUGAAAUCGACGAAUCGAUGAGUAUUUGUGAGUCAUGUCGUGGAUUGAUAAGUCACAACAGAAGCCCGAAUACGAAAAAACGCCGAUCGGAUGGAAACGACCAUAGGCGCCAACUUAGGGGGGGGGGCAAGCAUAGGUUUGCCCCCCCAAUAUUUGACGAUUUUUUAAUUUUCCCAUACAAAAUAUCCGAAAAAAUAGGCUUUGCCCCCCCAAUAAUUUGACCAAGUUGGCGCAUCUGGAAACGACGAAACUAUGCAACCAUCAUUUAGUGGGCAGCAACAUCAUGAUGUUCCAGAACCAGAACCGUCAACGAGUGGUCAACAAAUCGAACAUGAGCUGGAUAUGGUACCAUCUAUUCCAUCAUUGGAGUCAAUUCCGUCAACAGAUCAACUACAGGGUCCCCAUAAUAUUGAGAAGUUUAAUACCAUUGCUGAAACAUUGAGUUUAUCGCCAAUCUCAUCUAGAAACAUGAGAAGUAUGGAAUAUCGCAUAAACAAAUCAUUGCAGAUUACGAAAGCAGUUCGAAAAAAUAUCUUCGGAAUAGAUUCAACGGAUGUUGGCAAAGUGGAGGCGUAUGACGAGAUAAUUAUGCAGUUAAAGGAUAAGUUCAAUCACCCUACAACUGACAGAAGCGAACAGAUUAAAAUACUAUCUGUACUUCCUAAGUCUUGGUCGGUAAAUAAAAUCACAAGAGAGUUUAACGCACCAAUGUAUAUGGCGAGGCAGGUGAAGGAUCUUGUUUAUGAACAGGGUAUUCUUUGUACCACCGAAAAAAGAAGGGGGCAUGGUAUUGAUGACGAUACAAAACAAAUAGUAAGAGAAUUUUUUGAUGAUAAUGAUAUCAGCAGGCCAAUGCCAGGAACAAAUGAUUUUGUUUCUGAGGUUCGAAAUGGAAAAAAACAACAAGUUCAAAAACGACUUUUGAUGAUGUCGUUUAAAGAGGCUUAUAUGAUUUUUGUAGAUAUGUACAAAACUGUGAAUAUUGGUUUCACAGUAUUUACACAGUUGCGACCAAAGCAUUGUAUUUUACUUGAUUCUACUGGUAUACAUAAUGUAUGCAUAUGUACUAUUCAUGAAAAUGUAAAUUUAAUGUUCAACAGUAUAAGAAUUGUGUCACAAGAUGAAAUAAUACAAAAAUGCUUUGCGAUAUUUCCACCAGAACAGAUAAUUGCUUUUUCCGUGCUUGUGAAAAGUGUGCUUGUAAUGAACACAUUGAAGAGGAACUUACAUUGAUAUUAGAAUCAAAUGACAAAGAAGAGAUUAUAUUUCAGCAGUGGUUGAAUACUGAUCGCUGUAAUUUAGAAACGAUUAUCAAACCUGUUGAUGAAUUUGUUCCGUAUCUUGUUGAUAAAAUUGACAAACUUAUAACACACGACUUUAUUCAUAAACAAAAAUAAUCAUUUCUCAGAAAUAAAAAAGAUACAUUAAAGGAUGAUGAAAUUCUUGCGAUUUGUGAUUUCUCUGAAAACUAUUCAUUCAUAAUUCAAAACGCUGCUCAAGGAUAUCAUUGGAACAACUCGCAAGCAACAAUACACACAUUUGAAAUUUACUAUAUGAAAGAUAAUAAACUUGUAAAUGUUAGCUUCAUUAUCAUAUCGGAAGUAAUGGCUCACGAUACAGUUGCGGUCCAGUUGUUCAUCUCAAAAAUGAUAGAUUUUAUGAAACAAUUAACGAACUUUUCUAAAAUUUAUUUUAUGUCUGAUGGGGCAGCAUCACAAUACAAAAAUAAGAAGAACUUUGUUAGUCUAUGUAGAUUCCAGUCAAAGCAUGCAUUAAGAGCAGAAUGGCAUUUUUUUGCAACGUCCCACGGUAAAGGUCCAUGUGAUGCUAUUGAUGGCACUCUCAAGCGAAUGGCAAAGAGAGCAAGUCUUGCUCGAGAUUAUGGAAAUACCAUAACAACUCCACGAGAGUUAUAUAACUGGGCAGUUGUACAGACAGAUAAAAAUAUAACUAAAUUAAAUUUCUGUUACGUAUCCACUGAACAGUACAUUAAAAUGUCAGAAGAUCUCGAAGAAAUAUAUAAUAACGCCAAAACAAUACCAGGCACUCAGAAAUUCCAUAGUUUUUGCCUAUUCCUGGCGACAAAGUAAAGGCAAACAGGUAUUCUAAUUCAGAAGAUGAACCAAAAAUAUUUAGUAUGAUCGGAAAAAAAUAGAAAAGAACAUGUUUGAAAUUGGCUCUAAGACACACAUAUAUAUAUUUGAAAAAUUCAAAAUUAUAAAUAAUUGUAUAUUUAAAAGUGCACUUCAAUACAUAUUGCGAUCAAACAUUACAUUUCCUAAGAAAAUACAUUUGUAAUAUUUUGAAGUUUUUUAUGUAUAGGAAAACCCUUCCAAAUGAUUGAAUAAAUAACACAAAAUCUCCUAGAAAAUUGAGUUUCAUUGGAUUCUGGGAUGGUUAUGGCCUUCACUGGUUUUAUUGUUGAUAACAAAAUACACUGAAAAAAAAAUCAUUCGAACAAGAAAAAGUUUUUGUUAGAAAAACUUUUUUUCCUUAAAAGUGCCCAUCUUGUGAUGCAUGGACGGUUGGUAGGGAACAUAAUUACCUAUCUUGAGACAAAAUUUCAUCAAAAUCAAAAAUGGUGUUUUUUUAAAUCAACUUUGAAUUUUUAGAAAUGAUUUUUUUCAGUGUAGGGCUCAUUUUGGAUUUUUUUCAGUAUUUUUUUCUUAAAAUUUGACUUAUUUUGUGAUAAUCACCCAUACAACACUUUUUUGUAGGAGUAGUCAUUUUUUGAUUAAAAACAUUUUUAAAAAAUCCAUAAAAAAAGUUUAGCCCUUUUCAAAAGUCAGUCGAGAAAAAAAAUUAGAAAAAUGAGUAUGCAAAGUGGCUUAUCUGGGCAAGGUCUACACACCAAGAAAGUUUCGUUGUAAUCUGAGAGGGUGCUGCCAACAUUUGUUCGAGUUGGCGCGAAAUCCGUCUAUAACGUAACGGUCGCUGAGUUGUUUAGUUCGCCACGUUUUUUUUAUAGAAUGAGAAAAUCUGCUGCAGAUCAGAUACCCAAGAUGUGCUUCCUC